GAUAAUAGUGGCAGAACUGGGCAAAAGUGGCAAAGAGCAGUGGCAAAAGUGGGCUUAAAGCAGUAAAACUGGAUUAAAAGUGGCAAGAAAUGCAAUUAAGAGCAAUGGAAAUGUAUAGACAAAAAAUAAAGGUUGACAGCUAAAGUCUACUGUAACAGUGUGGGAAACAAACUGAUUAAUGUGACUUGCAAUGGAUAAUUUCUGAGGUCAAAGUUUCCCUUUGUUAAGGAUUUCUGAGGGAAUAAUAUUAAAGAUUAAGACGUAAAAGAGCCACACGUUGAGUAUCACCGCCUUAUGGCGUUAUUUACUGUAGAAGUGGCGUCUCGUGUCUUUUAGUACAUUUGUAGCAUCUUAAAUAUUUCCUAGGAAACUGUUGUACUCAAACGUCCCUCGUCUUCAGCGGAGCGUCACUUCCGGUUGUUAUUGUUUCUGUAAUGACGGUUGUCGUCCGCCGGGGGGCGCUGCAGCUCUUUGAGUACUGCUGCUAACCCUGCAUACCCUGCGUCCCCCUCAGCCCUCCCACCGUCUCCUCCCUCGUCUUCACUACCCCAUCACACAAACACACACGCGCACAGACACUUGAAAAACCCACAGGCGCGCACGCGCACUACCACCACCUCUCCAGGGGAAGCGCGCGUUGCCAGAGCAGGCGGAGUCGGAAGCACGCAGCAGCGUCGGUCCGUCGUGUCUGCGGCUCCGCGGAUUCCUUCGUCUGUGUUUCGGUUGUUGGAUUCUCCGGGAGCGGCUUCUCCUAGCAGUCCGCAGGCAAGCGUCCGAUCUUUGGUGAACCGGACGGACGGGCACUGCGGGCAGCGCGGUGGGAAGAGAUCCUGCUCGGCCCGCUUUUUGCUUUCACUGCUGCGGUGGAAAACCCCGGACGGAGGCCCGCAGUGUGCGCUCAGCCUCCCGCAGGCCUCCGGCCCGGAAUCCCGCUUUUCUCCCGGAAAAUGGACGGAUUCACCGGCAGCCUAGAUGACAGUAUGUCUGGAGCAAGUGUUUCUGAUGUCAACGACCGUCUUUCUGCUCUGGAGCUUCGGGUUCAGCAGCAGGAGGACGAGCUGACGGUGAUGAAAGCUGCUCUUGCUGAUGUCCUUCGCCGCCUUGCUGCCUCUGAAGUGUCUGCGUCGUCCUCAACAAAGAAACAACAUGGAGGGAAAGGCGGUGCUGCCCUGCGUGAAGCUUACUCCAUGUCCUGUAUCGCUAAUGGAGGAAAUUCUGGACGAAAGAGAGACUCCACCUCUGUCACCAGGAAGGAGACGGUGUCAUCUGCCGCCAAGAGUGGAACAGACAAGAAGAAGGAGAGCAGCAGCCAGCGGUCUCAGAUGGAGGAGAUCCAGGAACGUGAGGAGCCUCCUCGCCUAAAGAACUCAUCCCCCUCUCCCUCCUCCCCCCACCCUCCCCAGACCCCCCAGACUCCUCAGACCCCUCAGACCCCCCAGAACCCCCAGCCGCAGAGAGCGGCCCAGUGCGCUGACACCAGUAAAGGCCACACCCCUCCUAAAAGAGGGCCAAGUGUGAAGAGAUCCUCCGGGAUGGAGCGCUCCCAGAGCAGCACCUGGGACAGUUCAGAUGAAACCAGGAACAAGCUGGUGAAAGCUGCGUCCACCUCUAAACUACUCAGUAAAAUGGUGAAGAAUGCUGACAGACACAAAGAUCCGGUGGUAAAUCAAGCGAAAAUGUCAACAAGAGAGAAAAACAGCCAAGCUGAGGGAAAUGCCAUCAAGAUGUUCAUGCGUGGUCGGCCGAUCACCAUGUUCAUCCCUUCAGAUGUGGAGAACUACGACGAAGUUCGGACAGAACUCCCCCCGGAAAGACUCAAGCUGGAAUGGGUUUAUGGUUACCGUGGCAGAGACUGCAGAGCUAACAUCUACCUCCUUCCAACUGGGGAGAUUGUUUACUUCAUUGCCUCUGUUGUGGUUCUUUUUAACUACGAAGAGCGAACUCAGAGACAUUACCUCGGACACACGGACUGUGUCAAGUGUUUAGCCAUUCAUCCUGAUAAGAUCCGGAUUGCUACAGGACAGAUUGCAGGAGUGGACAAAGAUGGGCGGCCGCUGCAGCCCCAUGUUCGUAUCUGGGACAGCGUCAGUUUAUCGACUCUGCAGGUUAUUGGUUUGGGAACAUUUGAGCGAGGCGUCGGCUCCCUGGCUUUUUCCAAAGCUGACUCCGGUCAGCACCUGAGUGUCAUCGACGACUGUAACGAUCACAUGCUGACAGUCUGGGAUUGGCAGAAGAAGUCAAAGAUUGCUGAGAUCAAGACCACCAACGAGGUGGUCCUGGCAGUGGAGUUCCACCCCACGGACGCAAACACCAUCGUCACCUGUGGGAAGUCCCACAUCUUCUUCUGGGCAUGGAACGGGACGUCACUGGCUCGAAAACAGGGAAUCUUCGGGAAAUAUGAGAAGCCAAAGUUUGUUCAGUGUCUUGCCUUUUUGAGUACUGGAGACAUCCUGACUGGAGACUCAGGAGGAAUCCUGCUGGUCUGGACCAGGAACACGGCAGAGACACCCACCGGAAAGGGACCAAGAGCCUUCCAGAUCAGUCGGCAGGUCAAAGGUCACGAGGGCAGUGUGUUCUGUAUGUGCGAGAUGAGGAGCGGCACGAUACUGACAGGAGGAGGAAAGGACCGUAAAAUCAUCCUGUGGGACCACGAGCUACGAGCGGACCGGGACAUUGAGGUCCCAGAUCAGUACGGAGCAAUCAGAGCAGUGUCUGAGGGGAAGGGGGAAGAGUUCCUGGUCGGGACAUCUCGUAACUUCAUCCUUAGAGGAACCUUCAACGAUGGCUUCCUGGUGGAGGUCCAGGGUCACACCGAUGAGCUCUGGGGUUUGGCGUCCCAUCCCUCCAGAGACAUGUUCCUCACCUGUGCCCAGGAUCGAAUGGUGUGCGUCUGGAAUUCUGUGGAUCACAGUCUUCUGUGGAACCGAACUCUGGAGGAACACGGACACUGUGCAGACUUUCACCCGAGCGGAUCUGUGGUCGCCAUAGGAACACACUCAGGAAAGUGGUACGUUCUGGACGCUGAGACCACAGACCUCGUGGCGAUUCACACGGAUGGAAACGAGCAGCUGUCAGUGAUGCGCUUCUCUGUAGACGGCUCUCUGCUGGCUGUUGGAUCUCAUGACAACUUUAUUUACCUGUACACCGUCUCUGACAAAGGACGAAAGUACAGCAGAUAUGGGAAGUGCACAGGACAUUCCAGUUACAUCACUCACCUGGACUGGUCACCUGACAACAACUUCAUCAUGUCCAACUCUGGAGACUAUGAGAUCCUCUACUGGGAUGUUCCAAAUGGAUGUAAGCUGAUCCGAAAUCGCUCCGAGUGUAAAGACAUUGACUGGGCAACUUACACCUGCGUACUGGGAUACCACGUGUUUGGUGUGUGGCCAGAGGGUUCUGAUGGCACCGACAUCAACGCUCUGAUUAGAUCCCACAACAGAAAGGUGAUCGCCUUGGCUGAUGACUUCUGUAAAGUUCACCUGUUUGCCUACCCGUGCUCAACCUUCAAGGCUCCCAGUCAUAAAUACAGCGCCCACAGCAGUCACGUGACAAACGUCAGCUUCCUGUAUAACGACAGUCACCUGAUUUCCACGGGAGGGAAGGACACCAGCAUCAUGCAAUGGCGUUUGGUGGAGAAAACGUCGCUGUCCCUCACUGAUGGCCUCCUCUCUAACUCCGUCCCCCAUCGGGCAGACCCAGUCUUCACCCCGCCCCCUCCUGCCCCAGCUACACCCACACAGGAACCUGCCGAGCCCCCUACAGCCAACGGCACCCAAGAACCCUCCUGGGGCACCACACCCCCCACAGAGCUACCCCCACCCAUUACAGAGUUGACCCCACCCCACUCAGAGUCCACUCCUCCCCCCUCAGACAGCACCGUGAGUCUGAAGGACAGCCUGGAGCCGAGCGACGACACGGCCACGCCAAGUGACGAGGGGCUGCCUCCCCUCACUCCCCCCUCCUAGAAGGAGGGGUUAUCCCUGUCAGGACCAGGUCUUUUAUACCUUUGAAGACAUUUUGGCAGACUGAGGUCCUUUCCUACGGUCCUCUGUAAGUGUCGCUUUUAGUCUUCAGGAUCAGGUGUUUUCAGUUCUGGAUUAUGGGUUUGGCAUGUCGCUGCAAACGUAAAGUAGAGAUUAUAACAACGCAAAUAUGAUUAAAAUGUGAACACACAGGCUUAACACAAAUACAGCUCAUACUCCACGUGAAGAGGAUAUCAUCAGCUCUGAUGUGCAUCCAGAAAAAAAUCCUCCAUAAAUCAGUGUAGAGAAUCAUUAAGCUUUCAAUUCUCUCCAUGUCAAAGAAAUGUUAUGUUAGUUUUCUGUUUUUAUGGUAAACAGGAGCUGCUGAUGGCUCAUUUCACAAGCUGAUGAUGGAAAUAAGCAGUGACUAAAUGUGAAAUAGAAAUCAAGAAUUCUCAGUGAAGGUGGAGGACAGAGGUAGGCACAUUUAAUCCAAAAUUGAUACGUUAAUCUGUUAAAGAUAUUGCCUAGCAAUCCUUUCAUUUAGCUGAAAGCUAAUGGAAAUUAGCCUUAACGCUAAAAUUUUCCUCAUUUUUAAGAGUUAUUUACAAAACUGCAGUGUUAAAUAUCAUGCCAUAUGUCAUUAGAAAGUUAUGAUUCUUGUGAUUCCGAACAUUUCAAGAUCCAACCGGCACAGAUCGUGUAAUCUACGCAUCCGUCAUUGAUCUUGACAUUUACUGUGCUCUCCUCAUCAUGACAAUCCAGCAAAAACAGCCCUGCUGCAUCAUGAAGGGUUGAAAAUAUCCCAGUCCUGCAAUGAUUUAGAAAUCUAUAGAUUAAUUCAAAUCUACAAAAAUCAACUUUUUUGAUCCAUUCUAGUAGAUUUCAGAAGUAUGUAAUUAUGUAGGUCAAACAGCAUUUCACAAUAAAAGCACCCAGGGCAGAGAAGGGCAUUUUAGCUGGUUUUCAAUAAGCUCUCUAGAGUACAGGAGGCUGUAUGCUUUCAUUUAAAAAUGGCAAUGAACAGAAAAAGAAUUUAACGAUUUUGAUAAUCGUUUGCAAGGUAGCAUCCAUGCUGGGGAAAAAAAAAAACAAAACAAAACAAAAAAGGAAAAGUAAAGGAUUGAUGGACGUGAGCCCAGCUCUGAGAGUUUAGUGUUAUUUGAGGGCGUAGGGCGUUCAUGCAUCAUUAAGGGUAGAAGUACAGCUGUUUAAAUGUAUGUGUACAUCAGAACUCGAGCCUUUGGCAGGAGAGAUGCAUGUUUUCUCAUCACUCAGAGAUCAGGAUAGAAAUCAUGGUGUUGUAGUUAGAAACAGCUGCAGAGUGUGAUUGAGACUAGAAGAGAGUGCUUACCUGGCCUAAACAAACACAUCUGGAAGUGACCUUUAUGUUUGAACAUUGUAGAAAUGCUGAGUGGUAGGUUCUUGCCAGGUUUUCCUUUUACUCAUGUGUCACAACUGGGCAGGUAAGAGCACCUGCACUCAGCUGAAGUGACUCAGUACGUUUACAUGUAACUAGAGAAUGUUGAAGACUCAUUAGUCUGAGUUAAACUGGCCUUUAAAAUACACGUGAAUGUGAAACUGUCAUUCAAUGCAUAAAUCAAAGCCGGACUGAGAUAAUGCGGUUGGAGAUCAAUUUUCUCUGUCAUAUUCAGAUCUCAGUCCAGUCCAAACUAGCCUUGGCAUUCUGCCGUGCCCCACUGCAUGAUAUGGGCUCAAACCUAGGGAUGAGCACAAUUAGCCUGCUAACGAGUUACAUUCUGAUCCUUUUGCAUUAGAUUUACAAGUUGGUUAAACUAGAUAUUAACUUUUUUUUUAUCAGAUCAGGCCCACAGUCCCGGUCUAACUGUAACGCAGCUGCCUGUCAUUAGUAAUCCCUGUAGCUGUUAUUAAUGACGACUGCCUCGCCGCCACAAUUUACUCUGAUUGAAACAACUGCCAGCUGCUGGAGUACCUAUAACAUCUCCAGGGAAUGGUGCAGUUUAGUGUUGUUGUGAUCUAAAACAGUGUUUCCCAACCAUUUUCCUUGGAGCCUACAUGAACCUAAAAAAGCAGAGCCCCCCCAGGACCCACACGAGAAGAAGAAUGACACUGCUGUCAAAAAUCAUCAGAUUUUAAUUGUUUCACUGACAAACCCCUAAAAAAGGCCCAUGCAUGCUUUUCUUAUCAAAGGACCUUUGUAUACAUGACUUAAUAACUGCUUUAUCAUGGUUUUAGUCAUUAUUUGCAAAUCAUCAAAUUUUAGCACCCUCAGAGCAGACAAAGCCUUGCGCCC